AUGGACAAAGAUUGCGAUAUGGUAUAUAAGAACAUCUCUGACAUAUACAAAUCUGAAGAAUUUAAGACCUACGACAACUUUGUUUCGUUAGUUGCAAAAUGUGUUUGGGAAAUAAGAGAUAAAGAUAAAAGAGGUAAAGUAUGGAACGAACAAAUAAGACCCGCUAUGUUCGAGAUGAAGAGAGCAAUUGACGCCUUAGUUGUUUUAGCAGGUAAGGUUUCAAUGUACAAUGCUAAAAUGAACCCACAAUGUUCAAAAUGUAAAGCAGCAAUGAGGAAAUAUAACUACUCAGUCAAAGAGAUAGAAAGAAUGCGAAACGACUAUGCAGACUUAAAGAAAGAAGCAGAAAAGCCAGCAGAAGAUAAAAUGGAUAUGUUGACAUUUCUUAAUAAAAACUAUCCAACAGCAGAAGAUUUCCUUCUAUCUGACGUCAAGAAGAAGUAUAAAGAAACUUUCGGUAUCGUUAAAACAUUCGAUGUACUGACAGAAGAAAUAGAAGCUACGAAAUUGUUUAGGAUUUCAAAUAUACAUCAUACAAUUCAUGUAAAACGCUUAUAA